GCUCCCUAUCAUUGUGUCCUCCAUUCCGUCACUACCAUGACUACAACACCAGACGCCGUCCUCGAGAGGCUCACAGCAAAAAAUAUCUUUGAUCUUCGGGAUGUUGUCGCUGUCAUCACUGGAGGUGGAACCGGCAUUGGCCUGAUGAUAAGCACAACGUUGAUGGCAAAUGGAGCAACCGUCUACAUCAUCGGUCCUGAUCAGGUGCAACUCGACAAGAUAGCUAAGAGCUACAAUGAAGCUGGGCUAAGCCGCGACAGGAAAGGGAAGCUUGUUGGAUUGCAAGGCGACAUUAGAGUCAAGGAAGAAGCAAAGCGUUUGGCGACGGAAAUAGGUCAACGCGAAGGCCAUGUCACUGUUCUCUUCAAUAACGCUGGAAUUUUUGACGGUGGACUUACCCUUCCUCCUGCCGAUUUGGCGCCUAACUCAUCUCUCGACCCUGCUUCGAGGUCUACUUCAGCAACCGAAUAUUUCAAUCGUUAUUGGGCUGUUACUCCUGAUCAGUUCGAUAAUUCUCUGCGUACAAACGCAGUUGGCGCGUACUGGUUCUCUGCAGCGUUCCUUCCACUCCUAGAGGCAUGGAAGAAUAGCUCAGGUGGAAAGAAAUUUGCACCUCAGAUAGUCAUGACUGCCAGCAUGAACGCCUGGACGAAGGAUCCUGCCACUUCAGGUUUCAGUGUUCCGUACAUGAUGAGCAAAGCAGCAGUCGGCCACUUCACAACUAUUCUCGCUCACGACCUCCUUCCACUCGGCAUUCGCGUGAAUGCGAUUGCACCCGGUUAUUUCAUUACAGAUAUGACUGCUCCCGGCACGAUGGAUGCGGCGGGAAUCUCACAUCUUGAUGCGAACGAGACAGUGACGAUCCCAGCGGACAAGCUUCCUCCGUUUGAUAUUCCGACGCGUCAAGCUCCGGGAACCGGAGUUCCUUUGCUAGGCGGCACGAACCGCGACAUGGGAACGCUUGCGCUUUUCCUUGUCGCUAACUGGUUUGUAAAUGGAGAGACUGUCUUGAUUGAUGGAGGCACUCUGUUGAGGCAUCCGUCUUCAUAUUGAGCACUUGUCCAGUAAACUCUCAACUUGUAAGAGAAAGCCUGGUAAUUGCUCCUCAAAGUGGUAAUAGAGAAGCUUGUGUACCAUUUGUGUGUCUAUACAGUUUCAUUUACAUUUGUAUGAUGCAGGCGACAGAAUCGAUCAACACUUCA